AUGCGCAGAUUGUUUGAUCAAGUAACAAGGGAAAUAGAAACAAAGUUAAUUGAACAUGAAAUACUAGAAUCAACGAAAGCACUCUAUAUUUUAAAACCAGAAAGCAAUUUUUUAAUCAAACUUAAAAACCUUCGACGACUUUAUCUUGCCAUUUUAGAAAGUUUUCAGAGGACAAGAGCUAUAUAUAGUGGAAUCACAGAAUAUGUGGUAUUGGGAAAUUUUUUGUCAGCAAUUUGGAUUUUGGCUAUUAUAUGUAUAGGAGCAGUUGGAAGAAGACAGCUUACCUUUAGUGAUUACGCAAUAGUGUUUAGGUUUAUUGUCAGAGCAGCCAUGAUAACUAUCUUUGCGGGAGUAUCUGAUAGAAUUCAAGUAUUGAUUGAACGCAUACAGACCGUGAUAUACAAAGUACCAUCCAGAAAACUUACUGCUGAAGAAUCAGCGGAGCUUGAAACCUUUAUGAAGCUGCUAGGCUGGGAGGAACCUAUGAAAACAACAAAAGACUCGUAUCGAUUUGGAAUUGGUUCGAUGAGUACCUUAGCGGAAACAUCAACAGCAAUGAUUACCAAAAUAACAAAUGAGCAAGUGGUUCAAGCACUUCAAAAAAUAAAAGAAGGAAAAGUAGUUAAACCAGAUGAUAUUCCUGCUGAAGUAUGGACAGCAUCAGACGAGACAGGAACAAGUUGA